UGGAAAACUUACUCGCAUAUCGUCAAAAUCUAACGCGUCCUGAUCCUCAUUAGGACUGCAGUAUGCUGCCAGUGACUCCCAAAACCUACAAAGACACACUUGUAAAGUUUGUACGUGAAGUGGGUUGUUAAAGAUGAAUGCACCAUCCAUCCAGAUCUUGCUGAACAGCACCACGUCCCUGUCACUAGAUGAGCGCUUCACCAUGAUGUUGCAUCAGCAGGUUCCUCUGGCGGACAUCAGGGACACUGUGCCCCAGAAGCUGACCGCUUCAGUGAAGAACCAGCGCCUGGCUCAGCAAAUGGCCAACCGUCCUUCAGUUCUGGCCGCCCUUCAGAACAAUUUGGUGAAUUUGUCUAACUAAUUUUACAACAAAAUACCUGAAUGCCUCACUUCUACAGGGUCCAGGGUUCGAUCCAGUGCUUGGGUUACUGUUUUUGUGGUUUUUCUGUGUAUGUUCUCCUUGUGUUCAUGUGGGUUUCCUUCCACUGUCCAAAAAACACACCAGUAA